CCUCGUAAAGAAUAUAAGACAUAAUAGUAGAACUCGAUCAUCAUACCAAUAUUUCUUCAACAGGAAUCUUGUUCUUCAUUGAAAUGGCACGAUACAGCACAGCGAGUCUUGGUUUAGUAAUUGCCUUUUUCGUUUUUCCAAGCAUGGUGUUGAGUGCACAAUAUUGGGUCGGAGGCGGUGAUGGCUGGGGAUCUUGGGAAGAAGAUUACAUGAAGUGGGCUGCUGGCGAAACUUUCCAUGUCGGAGAUGUUCUCAUCUUCAGCUAUGAUGCAAAAAUACACAAUCUUGUUGUAGCAGCUAAUAGUGACCUAUAUGAGCAAUGUAAUUACACUCCAAACUUGGGAGUGUAUCAGAGCGGCAUCGACUCUUUAACUUUGCCGGUUGCUGGGACGUAUUAUUUCUUCUGUUCAUAUCAUUGCCACCCAUUCGCAAUGAAAUUUUACAUUAAUGUAACCUAGCUACAUAAUCUAAUUGAAAGUAACCUAUACAUGCAGAGAGAAAUCUAGUCGAUCAGUAGUUUUUCUUUACAUUCGGAGUUAUUUCAAGAGUUUUGUACCAUACGAUUUAUAGUUUCGCAUAAAACUCUAAACUAAACUAAAUGUUUCCUUGUUGAA